AUGCUACUCGACGAGAUGUGCGCGAAGAAGCCGGGCUUCAGUUUUGUGACGCCGUCGUGGCGGCUGAAGCACAGGUCGUUUUUGCACGACCGCGACCUGGAUUUCAUGCACGUGCUGUGCCCAGGCACAGAGCUCCCAGCCUACGAAGAGGCUAUGCGUACGCCACUCGAUCAGUGCCCUCACGGCCCGCCUCCUCCGCUACCGCCCGGCUUCAUCUCGAGGAAAAGUUGGGGUCGCAACGCGGCGUUCUGCCAAUUCGUGCAAGUCUUAAAUGACAGCAACAUCGUUAUCUCCCACUGGGACGACCUCUAUACCAUCGAUUGGACAACUUUGUUUCCCGAUAUUUGA